AACACGCACAGUCUCCCACUGUGCGCUGAAGAUUCUACAGGCUGUAGGGUAACUCAUCUCUGGAAGGGAGUGGCGCUGCAUUGGUAAUGAUAACGGUAUUGGCCCCUGCGUAGCAUCUCUCACACGUAUAGCGCUCUCUGAAAACGGGCCUCUCUGUGAUCCUGUCUCUCAUUUUUCCCCUUCUUGUGGUGGAGCAGACGCAUACAUCAUAGUUUUAUCAGGAAAGGCUAGACUAAGAGAUCACCAUGACGGAGCGGGGGGACAUCAAAGUCCUGGAAACAGCUGAAGACAUCCAGGAACGACGAGACCAAGUCUUGAACCGAUAUGAAACAUUCAAAGAACUCGCCAAGGAGAGGAGGCAGAAGCUUGAGGAGGCAAGACAGUUUCAGUUCUUCAAACGAGACGCUGAUGAGCUCGAAACAUGGAUCUUAGAGAAACUCCAGACAGCCUCAGACGAGAGCUACAAGGAUCCGGUCAAUCUACAGAAAUCCACUGUAUUUCCUCUUUCACUCACUCAACUAGUUGGGCACACACGGCUUCAUUCUGGACUCAUUUAUGCAAAGCUCCAGAAACAUCAAGCCUUCGAGGCGGAGGUCAUCGCUCACAGCUACGUGAUCGAGCAGCUAGACGACCAGGGUAAGGUGAUGAUCGAUGCUAAACACUUUGCAUCUGAUGUGAUUGAUGCACGCCUGAUUGAGCUUCACAGACUAUGGGAGCUGCUGCUCUCCAAGUUGAGAGAGAAGGGCAUCAAGCUUCUCCAAGCUCAGAAGCUCGUUCAUUAUCUCAGAGAGGUCGAGGAGGUCAUGUACUGGAUCCAGGAUAAGGAACCUUUCGCUGCAUCUAUAGAGACUGGAGUGGAUCUGGAACAUGUAGAGGUCCUUCAAAAGAAGUUUGAUGAAUUCCAGAAGGAUUUGCAUGCGCAUGAAGACCGUGUAGCUGAGGUUAACUCUGAGGCUAACACUCUGAUUGAAGAAGGACAUCCCGAGACUGACACCAUCAGAAAUAAACAACAGGAUCUGAACGAUGCAUGGGAACGUCUCAAGCAGCUGGCUAUCAUCCGACAGGAGAAGCUCUUCGGUGCCAUGGAGAUACAGAGAUUCAACCGGGAUGCUGAUGAGACCAUUGGAUGGAUCAAUGAGAAGGAUUCCAUUUUGUCUGUUGAUGAUUACGGCCGUGACCUAGCUAGCGUCCAGGCACUGCAGAGGAAGCAUGAGGGAACAGAGCGUGAUCUACAUGCACUCGAAGAUAAGGUGACAGCGUUGUGCCAGGAAGCAGACCGUCUGGAACAGAUCCACACAGACCAUGCGCCAGAGAUACAAUCCAAGAAAGAUGAGAUUGCUAACAACUGGGAGAACCUUCGUUCAAAGGCUGAUGAGCGUAAGAUCCGUCUUGUAGAGUCUGCUAACAUGCAUCGAUUCCUUGCUGACUACCGUGAUACUAUCGCAUGGACCAAUGAUAUGAAGAACAUUAUCAAUGCUGAUGAGCUGGCUAAGGAUGUACCAAGCGCAGAGGCUCUCAUGGAACGACACCAAGAACACAAGGGUGAGAUCGAUGCCCAUCAGGAUAGCUUCAAGCAGUGCGCUGAGGAAGGCCAACAGCUCCUUGAUGAGAACCAUCCUCAGUCAGAUGAAGUCAAAGAAAAGCUUGUGACUCUCGCUGAUGAGAAGAAGGCCCUUGAAGAGCUGUGGGAAGAGAGACGUGUGACCUACGAACAAUGCAUGGAUCUACAGCUCUUCUACAGAGAUACCAAGCAAGCCCAGAGCUGGAUGACUAAACAAGAGACAUUCCUGGUCAACGAGGACUUGGGAGAUUCCAUUGAUGAGGUGGAGGUACUGAUCAAGAAACAUGACAACUUUGAGAAGUCUCUCAAUGCUCAGGAGGAGAAGAUCAAGGCUCUGGAUGACUUUGCUACCAAGCUGAUUCAGAGUGAGCACUAUGCUUCACCAGAUGUCGACCAAUGCAGGAAAGAGCUUCUGGACCGUCGUGGUGCCCUGAUUAAUAAGGCUGAUAGACGUCGCAAGCUUCUUGAGGACUCCUACCGAUACCAGCAGUUUGAUCAGGAUGCUGAUGAGGUAGAGGCUUGGAUCAGGGAGAAACUCAAGGGAACAUCUGAUGAAUCUUACAAGGACCCUACCAACUUACAACGCAAGCAGUUGAAGCACUCUGUCUUUGAGUCUGAGCUUCAAGCCAACCAGCAGCGUAUCGGCAAGGUCCGUGAUGAAGGCAACAGCAUGAUCUCUGAAGACCAUUACAACUCCCCGGAGAUCCGUGAACGUCUGGAGAACCUUAAUGGACUCUGGAUGGAGCUGCUCAACACCUCAGAGCAGAAGAGUCAGAAACUGACUCAAGCCACUGAGGCUGCUGUUGUCACGCGUAACAUUGAAGAGAUAGCGACAUCUCUGACUGACUUUGAUGCUAUCCUCGGCUCAGAUGACAUUGGAAAGGAUCUUGUAUCUGUUCAGAAGCUUCGUGCUAAGCUAGACAUGUUGGAAUCAGACAUCGGGGUCAAGGAGACCGCUAUCCAGGCCACUCGUAUGCAGACCACUAACAUGGCUAUGGCAUCCCACUUCAAGGCGGAUGAGAUCUCAGAGAAAGAGAAGCUGGUGGCCAACAAAGUGGAAGCACUCAGGGCCCCACUCCAAGCUCGUAAGCAGAAGCUUGAGGCUGCCCAUCGCCUCCAUGAGCUCCUGCGCGACGUCGACGACGAGGAGGCUUGGAUCAGGGAGAAGGAACCACUGGCAUCGUCCACCAACCGUGGUCGGGAUCUCAUCGGAGUGCAGAACCUGAUCAAGAAACACCAGGCUUUGAAUACAGAGGUCGCUGGCCAUGAACCUAGGAUCACGAUGGUUUGUAAGACUGGAGAACAGAUGCUAGAGGAAGGUCACUUUGCUAAUGAUGAGAUCGCUACCAAGGUCAAGGGAUUGGAAGAGAAGUGGAAGAAUCUCAAGGACAAGAUCGCCCAGCGCAAGGAUGAUCUGGAGGAUUCAUUGGAAGCCCAGCAGUACUUCGCUGACGCAAAUGAGGCUGAAUCUUGGAUGCAAGAAAAAGAGCCCAUUGUCGCCAGCGAGGACUAUGGUAAAGACGAAGACAGUGCUGAGUCUCAACUGAAGAAGCACAAGACCCUGAUGGCUGAUCUUGUCGCCUAUAGAACGACCGUUGAGAUCCUCAAGCAACAGGCUGAAGGAUGCAGGUAUGAUCCGCAUCUCCCAAAGCGUGAUGGAAACCAACAAGAUAUUCCCAUCUCUGAUGAUGUUAGCAAGGAAUAUGUGGUGGCGCUUUAUGACUACACGGAGAAGAGCCCUCGUGAGGUGUCGAUGAAGAAGGGUGAUGUCUUGGUUCUACUCAACAGCUCAAACAAGGACUGGUGGAAGGUAGAGGUCAACGAUCGUCAAGGAUUCGUCCCAGCUGCUUACGUCAAGAAGAUGGAUGCAGCUCAAUCUGCUUCUCAAGCUAAUCUCAUUGAAGAUGCUAACAUCAUGAGAAGACAAGAGAACAUUGAACAAGAAUACCAAAGCCUUCUUGACAAGGCUGGUACCCGCAAGGAAGCGUUGGAGGAGUCUGUGAAGCGCCAUUCCUUGGUCCGAGAGGCCAAUGAUCUCAUCCAAUGGGUGAAUGACAAGGCUAAUGUAGUGGAGAGUGCUGAGGUAGGAGAUGACUUGGAACAGGUCGAAGUCUACCAGAAGAAGUUUGAUGACUUCCAAAAGGAUCUGAAAGCCAAUGAGUCUCGUCUCCUUGAGAUCAACAUGAUCCUGGAAACCCUGGAUCUUGAGAAGGUACCUGAGGCAGACAUCGUUGUCCAGAAAGUCAAUGAUUUGAACACCGAAUGGCAAGGACUGCAGAAGAUGACCGAUGAGCGUAGUGCAAGUCUUGGCACUGCCCAUGAAGUACAGAGGUUCUUCAGGGAUGCUGAUGAAACCAAGGAUUGGAUUGAUGAUAAGAACAAGGCUCUAAACACAGAGAACUUUGGUCAUGACCUGCACAGCGUUCAGGCUCUACAGCGUAAGCAUCAAGGCCUGGAGAGGGAUCUCAAUGCUUUGGGCAAGCAGGUUCAAACUCUUGAUGAGACUGCUGACCGACUGGUACAGACCCAUCCCGAUCAAGAGGAACCAAUCGUUGCUAAGAGAGCAGAGAUUGAUGAAGCAUGGAACACCCUCCAAGAUAGGGCCAAUGCCCGCAAGGACAAGCUGAUGGACUCAUACGACCUGCAACGUUUCUUGAGUGACUUCCGUGAUCUCAUGUCGUGGACCAAUGGUAUGAAGACAUUGGUUGCCAGUGACGAGCUCGCUAAGGAUGUGACUGGAGCAGAGGCUCUGCUAGAGCGCCAUCAGGAACUUCACACUGAGAUGGAGGCCAAGGCUGGAACAUUCCAAGCUUUUGAAGCCUUCGGUCAAGAGUUGAUCAAGAAUGACCACUACGCUGCUCCAGAGGUCCAAGAGAAACUAGACAUCCUCGUCAAGGAACGAGAAGACCUUGAAGUGUCAUGGAAUGACCGCAGACACAAGCUUGACCAAUGCUUGGAGCUACAGUUAUUCCUGCGUGAUUGUGAGCAAGCCGAGGCAUGGAUGGGUGCAAGGGAAGCGUUCCUGGCCAGUGAAGGGUUGACCGACUCACUGGACAGCGUAGAAUCACUCAUCAAGAAACAUGAAGACUUUGAUAAGGCUCUGUCCAUUCAGGAACAGAAGAUCAAUGCCAUCAAUUCCUUUGCUGAACAGCUGGUCAGCAAUGACCACUACGAUGGACCUGCCAUCGGUACCAAACGAGACCAGGUCUUGGAACGCUGGCAUUCGCUGAAGGACGCUCUGAUUGAGAAGCGUUCCAAGCUUGGUGAAUCCCACACCCUUCAGCAGUUCAGCCGAGAUGCUGAUGAAGUAGAAGCAUGGAUCUCUGAGAAGAUCCAGGUCGCUACCGAUGAAUCUUACCUUGACCCAAGCAACAUCCAGAGCAAGCAUCAGAAACAUCAAGCCUUUGAGGCCGAGGUCGCUGCUAAUGCUGAGAGGAUACAAGCAAUCAUGGCCGUCGGACAGAGAUUGAUUGAUGCCAACCAGUGUGGAGGUACUGAGGAUGCUGUACAGGCACGCAUCGUAGGCAUCGGUGAUCAGUGGGAGUACCUCGUCCAACGAUCAGCCGAGAAAUCUCUGAAGCUGAAGGAAGCCAACAAGCAACAGACCUUCCACAUCAGUGUCAAAGACAUCAACUUCUGGCUUGGUGAGAUGGAGAAUGCCUUGGCUUCUGAGGAUGUUGGUCGUGAUUUGGCAUCCGUUACCAACCUGAUUAAGAAGCACCAGCUCCUGGAGGAUGACAUCGCUGCCCAUGAAGACCGGAUCCAGGUCCUCAACAAACAGGCAGAUUCCUUCAUCGAGGCUGGCCACUUUGAUCCUGAAAACAUGCGUCAGACCAAGGAGAACAUCAACCAGAGGUAUGAGCGCAUCAAGGACCUGACUGUCGACCGUCGCGGAAAGCUGAACGAAUCACACCGCGUCUAUCAGUUCUUCCGCGAUAUUGAUGAUGAAGAGUCGUGGAUCAAGGAGAAGAGCCUUUUGACUAGCUCCGAUGACUACGGCCGUGAACUGACAGGCGUGCAGAAUCUACGCAAGAAGCACAAGCGACUGGAGACAGAGAUUGUCAGCCAUGAGCCUGCCAUCCAGGCUGUCCAAGAUGCAGGCCAAUCCUUGAUGCAGGAUGUUGCUCUCAACCAAGAAGGAGUCCAGCAACGCUUGGAUCAACUUGCCAGUAACUGGGAAGAGCUAAAGCAGCUGGCUAACAACCGUGGCAGUAAGCUGGAUGAAUCUUUAACCUACCAAGAGUUCCUUGCAGGCAUUGAGGAGGAAGAAGCCUGGUUCAAUGAGAGGAUGAGCCUCCUGUGCAGUGAGGACUAUGGCGAUACCCUUGCAGCUGUUCAAGGUCUUCUCAAGAAGCACAAGGCCUUUGAGACGGACUUCACUGUCCAUCGUGAUAGGGUCACUGACAUCAAGGCCCAAGGAGAAACGCUCAUUGAAGCUGGCAACCACAACUCUGAGGCCAUCUCCCAACGUAAUGAGUCACUCCAGCGCAAGCUCCAGGAGCUGCAAGAGGCUGCUGCCCGCCGCAAAGCCAAUCUAGAUGACAAUUCUGCUUUCCUGCAGUUCAUCUGGAAGGCUGAUGUUGUCGAGUCCUGGAUUGGUGAGAAGGAGAGCUUUGCUCGCUCUGAUGAUUACGGUCGUGACCUUUCAACCGUCCAGACUCUUCUUACCAAACAAGAGACCUUUGAUGCUGGUCUUAAUGCCUUUGAGAAGGAAGGUAUCCAUGCCAUCACCACUCUCAAGAUCAAACUGGUCACAGCUAACCACGCCCAAACACCAGCCAUCCAACAACGUCAUGCCAACCUGAUCGCCCGAUGGGAGAAGCUCCUCUCGGACUCCAACAACCGACGUCAACGUCUCUUGCGCGCCCAGGAGCAGUACCGUGAAGUGGAGGAUCUCUUCCUGCUCUUCGCUAAGAAGGCUUCUGCUUUCAACUCGUGGUUUGAGAAUGCAGAGGAGGACCUGACUGACCCGGUCCGAUGUAACUCGGUCGAGGAGAUUCAGGCUUUGAAGGAAGCUCACGAAGCCUUCACUGCGUCCCUCAGCAGUGCACAGAAUGACCUGAAACAACUAGCAGCACUCGACAAGCAGAUCAAAAGCUACAAUGUCUCAUCCAACCCGUAUACUUGGUUUACGAUGGAGGCUCUCGAGGAGACAUGGAGGAACCUUCAGAAGAUCAUCAAGGAACGAGAGGUGGAGCUCAACCGUGAGAUGGAGAGACAAGAGGAGAACGAUAAGCUCAGGAAACGCUUUGCUCAACAAGCUAACUCCUUCUAUCAAUGGAUCACAGAGACAAGCAAGGAAAUCAUCUUUGGGCGGGCUGCUAUGGUGGAGGAAUCUGGAAACUUGGAGACCCAGCUGGAAUGCCUCAAGGCUAAGAUCAAUGAAGUACGCGCUCAGAAGAGUACGCUCAAGAAGAUAGAGGAUCUAGGAGCUAAGAUGGAGGAACGUCUCAUCCUGGACAAUCGUUACACCGAGCAUUCAACCGUUGGACUAGCCCAGCAAUGGGACCAGCUGGACCAGCUUGGUAUGCGUAUGACACACAACCUAGAACAACAGAUCCAGGCUAGGAACACUACAGGAGUCAGUGAAGAAUCACUCAAAGAAUUCAGCAUGAUGUUCAAGCAUUUCGACAAGGACAAGUCUGGCAAGCUGGACCAUACCGAGUUCAAGUCUUGUCUGAGAUCCUUGGGUUAUGAUCUACCCAUGGUGGAAGAAGGCCAGGAUGAACCAGUCUUCCUCUCUAUACUCGACGUCGUUGAUCCUAACCGUGAUGGCUUUGUAAGUCUCCAGGAGUACAUGUCGUUCAUGAUCAGUCGAGAGACGGAGAAUGUUCAAUCUAAGGACGAGAUUGAGAAUGCUUUCCGGGCGCUCAGUGCCGAGGGCAAGCCCUACGUUACCAAGCAAGAACUCUAUGCCAAUCUCCAAACCGACUUGGCAGAGUAUUGUAUCCUGCGUAUGGAACCGUACCGCGACGCCAAGGGACGAGAGGUACCCCAUGCCCUCGAUUACGGCAAAUUCACCAACAACAUGUUCCAGAAUUAGAAAGAUCCACCUUCCAGAGCUUAGCCUACUGCUUCAUGGAAGAUAGGCUAGGAUCGUGGUGUGGGGGGAGAUAUAAUCUGGCAAUAUGACUUCAUUUCUUCUUUUAGUUUUAAAUCCAUGAAUGUUUAAUGAUAAUAAACUCUUUACAAAGCAUGCAACUAUCGAGCGCUAAGCUAUAAAACAAACCAAGUUAUUAAAGGAGUUUUAGAAGUCUGCAAUACUAGUUUCAAUAUUCUCAUGUUUUUAAUAUCUUGGAAAACCAAUAUUGAAUGGUGGCUGUAUACAAGCUUUCAUCAUAUGAAAUCAUAGGAAAUAACAUUUAAAAAACACAAUAAUAGAGUCUCUUAAAGAGUACUCUUGUCUGGCACAUUUCCACUCUUGGCGCUCAAUUACUAUUACCCUGGCUUUAACACGGCUGCCAUUACAGCGCUCUCGCACUUUAAGGAAUUAAAUCCUGCCAGGUACCCAUUUACCUCACCAUACUUCAACUGUUCUGUUCUAUUGCGAAGUAGAAUAAGCUCUACUGCAAGAACAAGCACAUUGAAAGGUGAAGAUUGCUAAAGUUCAUCAACACCUAUGAUGAAGUUUAAGAUUGGCAGCACUUCUAAACUCCUUCUAUCUUUCUAUCGUCUUCUUGCUUGAUAUCGUGAUUGAGUGUAUUAGCUUUUUCUUUAGAUAUUCCACCUUUUCACCAUAGAACACUGGCAUGUCACUAGGUAGUUACCAUUACUUCAACUAUUCAGUAUCAUAACGUGAUGUGAUAGUGUCAUUUGCUGGAUAUGCAGUGUACUGUAGUUAAGUAUAUCGUGUGUCAGUGAAUUACUACAAAAAACAAAUAAAAUGUUUACUAGUCAGUGAAUUAAUAUACAGGGAAUAAAAUGUUUACUAGUUUUAAUUGCAGUGUGUAUUUAGGUAUAGGGGUAAUGUACUUGAUGCUGUUACUGAUACGCAAGUUAUUCAGAACUUAUCGUGAAGUUGACUUUAUCGUAGGAAAAGACAACAGUAUACUCUAUUUAAAGUUAAAUCUAGAUAUACUUAAUGAUGUUCUAGUGUAAGAGUCUGAUGAUGAUGAUGUAUAACGUUGAUGACUUUGUAAUAAGUAUCAUGUCUACUCUGACAUCACUGAUUAAGGAAUUCUACAAGUAUGCAAUCGUAACAUUUGACGUUUGUUAGGUUUCUACUCUCUUUGUGUCAAACUAUUUGAUGUGCUCAUGUCAUUUCUCACAUUUUAAGACCAAUAGUAGGUACUUGCUGUGACUAGUUCACUUUAAAAAAAAAGGAUAUGUAAGGUUUGUUGAUCUGCAUGUAUAUUGCUUAGAUGACUUUAAUAUUGCACUUUAAGAUAAUUCUUAUUGCAUUCAGCAUUAUCCACUCACUAUGCAGAAAGGAAUAUUUUCUUCUAAUCAUUUUUUUUCAAUUUCAUUCCUCAAAGAGUGAUUUAAUUGGAAAUGAUGUAUUCCAAAUAGUACUUUGUAAUCUCUAUCUCUUUAAUUUUAUAUUCUCAUCUUAUGAAAGCUAUGAUGACAUAAUAUAUAUUCUAUCAUAUAUGUUUAUAAUCUUUUAUUAAUGUAAUCUAAUGCACCAUGCAUAGUGAACUCUUGAGCGUGCCCUAAAAUAAAAGCAAAAUUGAUGAAUCUUUAUUCUGAAAUGAGUGUUUAAACUGCUUGUCAUUGCAUUGUAAAUAUGCAAUUCUAUGUGUGUAGCAUAAAAUAUAGAAAAAGACUCAUUUAGAAUGUGGUGUUCAUGACUACUACUAGUCUUGAUAGUCUUGAUAGUGUGGUAUUCACAGUGUUCUUUGUAAAUUAAAGUAACAUGAAAGUAAUUCUUAAAGACAGACCACCUGUUGUUGCUCAAUGAUAAAGGUCACAUUCUACAUUUGUAAAUAGUCAUAAUUUUUCCACAAGAUUUAAUCAACCUUGAAACAGACCAAUGUACUUUUCAUUACAUUAAUUUAUGAACGGCUUCUAAGUACUUCUCCAUUUAUUUCACUCAGUGAUCUACGACUCCCUAUUAUGUAUUCAGUAUGGUAUUCAUCUUAUGAUAUAAUUGGUAAUAUUAUUCAUAUGUAAAUGUAUUCAUAUGUCAAUGUAUUCAAUAAUACCAUUGGAUGGUAUAUGUACAUGUUUAUUCAUGUAUUCCAGUAGACUAGCUAGUGAGUAAUACUAAUCUUAAUCUAUAUAUAACAGCACCUGCAUUUAAAAAUUCAUCAAAUCUUAAAUGUUCUGAUAUAAAUUAAAUCAUCUUUACCUUUAAAUAUGCUAUGUAUUAAGAAAGUGAAUUAUUAAUGUAAUAUUAAGGUCAAAAAUUGAAAUAACAAAUGAAAUAUAGCCAAUGUGUGUAUUGAAACUACUGUCAUACUAACUAGUUUGCUUUCUGAAGUACAUAUAAAACUUUCUCACUUUCUUGUCUGUGUAGUUGCCAGUGUUGAAAAGGUGGAAUAUUCUGUCAAUAAAAAGCCCUGCUUUGAGUAUAGCGAA